UAAAUAGGUUAGACUCAUGGACGACUUGACUGUUCCCCCGCCACGGACAGAGCUUCACUCCCCUUCAUCAAUAAAAACAGUUUAUACUCAGUUCUUCAGGGCUAUGGUUAGAGUACGCUUCUCUUGAUUACGAAUGGAUCAUUAAAUAAAACAUGACACGGCACGCAAGAAAUUGUACAGCUGGUGCUGUUUACACCUACCACGAAAAGAAGAAAGAUGCAUCCGCAUCGGGAUACGGUACAAACACACAAAGAGUUGGCAAAGAUUCCGUAAAAGAUUUCGACUGCUGUUGCCUGACACUGCAACCUUGCAGAAACCCUGUGAUAACAAAAGAUGGGUACUUAUUUGAUAAAGAAGCGAUCCUAGAAUAUGUUCUAACCAAAAAGAAGGAGUAUGCGAGGAAACUGAAGGAAUACGAAAAACAAAAGCAGCAGGAACAGGAACAGUCCAAUGAAAAAACUGCCAAUGAAGAGCUACAGAAAUUGCAAAACUUCUUGAAGGGAGAGAAGACCAUUGUUUCCAGAAGUCAGACUGCAAACAAUGAAUCAAGCUCUUCGGUUUCAAACAUGAGCAAUGGUAAAGACAAAACAUUACCAAGUUUUUGGAUCCCUUCCAAAACACCAGAAGCAAAGGAGACGAAAUUACAGAAACCAGACAAAACAAUUUAUUGUCCUGUCAGUGGGAAACCAUUGAAAAUAAAGGACCUCAUCCCUGUGAAAUUUACCGAAGUAAAAGACCCAGAUGAUAAAAAGUCUUUGAUUGUUAAACAAGCACGAUAUAUGUGCCCUAUCACAUUUGAUAUUCUUAGUAACAGUGUACCAUGUGCAGUUAUAAAAACUACAGGUGAUGUAGUCACAAUGGAAUGUGUGGAAAAGAUUAUAAAGAAGGAUUGGAUCAAUCCCUUGGAUAGUACAAAACUGACUGACGCAGAUAUCAUACCUCUUCAAAGAGGUGGUACUGGGUAUUCAGCUGUUAAUGAUUGCUUAGAGGGCAAACAUGAACGACCAGUAUUACAAGCAUAAGUUACAUGAAUAUCUCAGAAAUUUUAUAUACAUGUAAUAUAGUAACUAUAUUUUGAUUUAAUAAAUUGUUUAGUCGAAUAAAA